AUGAAUGAAAGCAAAGUCGUCUCGCAUGGUUCCAGAAUCAGGGUCCUGGUUCGAGAACCAGACGAGAUGACUUCAAUGAAAGCAGACCGCUUGUUUGUUAGAGUAACGUGGGAUUCCCUUGAGACCUAUGACUUGGCUGAUCUUGGGAUUUUGAAUAUUUUCAAACAGCUUAAGUUGGAACCGGUGUAUGUGGGGAUCUUGUAUUUAGCCGAACCUCUUGAUGCAUGCACUCAAUUGACAAAUAAAGUUGCCAAUGAUUCAAGUACACCGAUUGCGCUUAUAAUGCGAGGUGGCUGUUCAUUUCAUGAAAAAACACACAAUGCACAGACUGCUGGAUUUAAAGCCGCUAUUGUUUACAAUAAUUUCGUUGGCUACUUUCUGCCUUCAGCCUUUCCAGCGGUGGAAACCCUAGCAAGCACUGAGCCUACUGAGAUAAUCUCUGUUUUCGUCUCUAACCUGGUUGGUGGGGAAUUAAAGAAAUAUGCUGGUGAUACAGACAUGGCCUGUUGCAUUCAUCCAAUUACUGAAAACUUUACAUUUGCUCUGCACCAUUCCUGCUUCAUCGCGUUUCAUUCAUCGACACUGGACAAGGCUAUGCCAAUUUUUUAUCCUCUUCCAGUGUCCAGUGUAAUGAGCCAACAAAGAGUAAAAAGAAUGCCUAUUUCGACUUUCACCUCAGCUUCAGGUGAUAAUUCCACUUCAACCACCUGCGCUAUAUGCUUAGAUGAUUAUAAUGUUGGGGAGAAGCUCAGAGUUCUUCCCUGUCGUCACAAGUUCCAUGCAGGUUGUGUUGAUUCAUGGCUCACCGCGUGGAGAUCAUUUUGCCCAAUAUGCAAACUAGAUGCGAAGACAAGAACAAAAAAUCCUCCAGCUUCUGAAAACACUCCACUGCUUUCGGCUCCUGUUGCAUCUCCAUUAUCAUCUAGUUUACCAUCAUUCUGUCCAUCGGUAACAGGAGCCCUUCCUAUACAAAUAGUUAUACUGCCUUGACUGCCAUCAUCUUCCUGAAUUCAUUCUCUGUCGAGCAGUAUUGCAGCGAAUUCUUAUCUGUCCUUCAGUAAUCCUCUUUCAAGUACUAUAUUUAGAAGUUUGCCAAACCUCAGACAUGCAUCAUCUCAAAACUCUCACCUUCCUUAAUUUGUUCAUGACUGUAGAGAUAAUAAUACGAAAGCCGGGUCGAAGACAUUGGCUUCAUCUUCUCACUGUGAUCAGCAUCAUUCAGAAUUUUGCAUAAACUCUUGUUCUAGAUAGAAAUGUUGCAGAAAAAAUUUUUUUGUUACUGAAGAAUAAUGUGAUCUUCUUUCUGUCAUAAUUCUGUAAAUUUUGCCAAAAAUUCUCUUCUUUA